AUCUGUAUAAAUGACACUUCCUAGUAAUACAACCAAGUAUCCAACAGCAACAACCAACUGAAAAAUUAUUGUUUUCAUCUGUUGACUUGAGCUCUGAAACAAAACUUAAUAAACGACUACUUGAAACCAUGGGAGUUCCUAAAUUCUUUCGCUAUAUGAGCGAACGAUAUCCUUGUCUAAGCGAACUAGUCAAAGACUACCAGAUUCCAGAAUUUGAUAAUUUAUACUUGGAUAUGAAUGGUAUCAUUCAUACUUGUUCACAUCCAAAUGACGAUGAUCCUCAUUUCCGUAUUACUGAAGAGACUAUAAUUAAAAACAUAUUUCAUUAUUUAGAAGUAUUAUUUCAAAUGAUACAACCUCAAAAGUUAUUUUUUAUGGCAGUCGAUGGCGUAGCACCUCGUGCUAAAAUGAAUCAGCAGCGUGGUCGUCGUUUUCGUUCAGCACAUACAGCAGCUGAACAGAUGAAAGCUGCUGUUGCAAGGGGUGAAGUAUUACCGUCAACAGAUCGCUUCGACUCAAAUUGUAUAACACCAGGAACAGAGUUCAUGGUGCGUUUGCAAAAUGAACUUGAAUAUUUUGUCAAUGAUAAGAUAUCCAACGAUCCCUUGUGGAAAAAAGUCCAGGUCAUCCUUUCUGGUCAUCAGGUUCCCGGCGAAGGUGAACACAAAAUUAUGGACUACAUAAGGUAUAUGAAGUCAUGUCCGGGAUACGAUUCAAAUACAAGACAUUGUCUGUAUGGUUUGGAUGCAGAUUUAAUUAUGUUAGGUUUAUGUACACACGAACCAUACUUCUCAUUGCUUAGAGAAGAAGUCAAAUUUGGUCGCAAAACUAAAAGAGAGACAUCUGUUGAUGAAACAAAAUUUUUUUUAUUACAUUUGUCAUUGAUGAGAGACUACUUAAAUUUAGAGUUUCAGGCUCUUAAAGAGACUCUACCCUUUAAAUAUGAUUUAGAAUCUAUUAUUGAUGAUUGGGUUUUAAUGGGCUUUUUAGUAGGUAAUGAUUUUAUACCUCACUUGCCAGAAUUGCAUAUCUCUAAAGGAGCUUUACCUAUUUUGUAUAAAGUAUACAUGGAUGUUCUGCCACAAGUAGGAGGAUAUUUAAAUGAAAAGGGUUCUUUAAAUCUUAAAAGAUUUGAAAAAUUCAUGGUAACUUUAGCAAAUUUUGACUAUGAUCAGUUUCGUGAAACUUUUGCCGAUGUGAAAUUUUUGGAAGGAAAACGAACUACUGUUAAUGGAAAUGAAGCAAGUGACGAAAUUGAACCGGUUUACAAAGAUGAGCUAGCAGCUUUAAUAAAAGAUACGAAUAAUACACUUUUAAGUGAUGACGAAGAAGAACUGACUGAAACUGAAGAAGAAGCCAUGAUGGCAGAGUUUACAUUACAUAAAGAAAACUAUUAUAGAUGCAAACUAGAGUACAAUGUUAUUACAGAUGAUGUUAUGAGAUCUCAAGCCGAAGGAUAUAUACGUGCCAUACAAUGGAAUUUAAACUAUUAUUACAAUGGUUGCUGUUCGUGGUCUUGGUAUUAUCCUCAUCAUUAUGCUCCAUAUAUAUCGGACAUAAGAGGCUUUGAAAAUCUUAAAAUAAAUUUUGAUCUUGGACAGCCGUUUUUACCAUUUCAACAGCUAUUGGCUGUACUACCGUCGCUCAGCAAAGAGUUAUUACCUAAACCUUUUCAAGACCUUAUGACUGAAGAAGCUAGUCCAAUCAGAAUAUAUUAUCCAGAAGAAUUUGAAACUGAUCUCAAUGGCAAGCAGCAUGAAUGGGAAGCUGUUGUACUCAUUCCUUUCAUUGACGAAGAAACUCUGUUGAAAGCUAUGAAAUUGGUUGAACAAAAAUUAUCGGAAGACGAAAAGAAAAGAAACAUGCAUGGUCCUAUGCAUCUCUUCAAAUAUACUCCGGAGAAUUUGGGCGGGUCUCAAAACUCUAAAUAUUUCCCUUCUAUUGAAGAAAGCCACGCGUUAAAAAUAUGUAUUAAACGUGAAGAUAUUGCAGUAAGUUCUGAUAAACUUGUUAAAGGUUUGUGUUCAGACGUACAACUAAAUGUGUACCAUAUUGGGUUUCCAUCGCUUCAUCUCAUGCCAAUUACAGCGGAGUUACAAAAGCGCAAUGUUAAAGUGUUUCAAUCCCCGAGUCUGGGUGAAAAUAUGAUUAUUAAAAUAUUAACUAAGGAUGAGCAAAAUGAAGAUGACAUACGAACUAUUGCUAAAGACCUGAUUGGAAAAUCGAUUUACGUGAAUUGGCCGCAUCUUGAAGAACUAAAAAUUACAAGUAUUUUUAAUAAAACAGUACGUUUUUCACUUGAUAAUGAAAAAGUAAAUGUACAAGAUAUGGACGAAUCUGCUAAACAAGAAUUUAAAUUACUUUCGCAGGGACUUGCCAAAUCGUAUAUAACCACACGUGGUAUUGAAAUUGGUAAUACCAAUCUCCUCGUUCGUGGUCAGUUAUUAAGUGGAACUAAGUAUAUACCAAGACAAGAUGGUAGUGGUGUUGACUUAGUGAAAAUGUGGGCUGAUAUUCCAACAACGAUAGCUUAUCAAACGGCCCUGCCCGGUUUGGAAGUAAAUGAUCCACGUACCAAAGAGAGUUAUCUUGCUCUUGAAGAAUACUUUCCUAUUGGAAGUACUGUAUUUGUGCUUAGUGCACCAUACUAUGGUUGUCAGGCUAAUGUGGUCGGAGGAUAUGUAUCUUCGAGAAUUAAGGUUGAGCUGACACUUACACCUGAACCGUAUUACAAUGAUUUAUUAGAUAGAAUUUGUGCUAUCGAAACUAAAUUUCAUUAUGGUCAUGUGGCUGCAGACAAACUAUCAAUAAGCACUUACAUGCUGGCAAAAAUCACAGGAACAAUAUUUUUAAUGGUUGAAACCAAUGAGGAUAAACAUGAAAAAAAACUCAAUAUUGGAAUGAAUCUCAAAUACAAUAAGCGAAACGAAGAAGUGGUUGAAUAUACUAAAAAAAUUGAAAAUACUUGGUUGUAUUCUAAAAAAACCAUAGAGUUAUUAGAUCAAUACAUUACACGUUUCCCAGAAUUGACUUUUUUAUUGUCGAGCCAAGAUAGCAUAAAGGAUACGUACAGAUUAGAAGAAUUAUUUCCAGAUUCAAGAACAAGGAAAGAGAAGUUGGAAGAACUAAAAAGUUGGAUUGGAGAAAUGCGUUUAUUGACUAAAAAUAAACAGCCAUGUGGUUCUAUGGAACCAAGCAAAGUAGUCGAGAUUGAAAAGUAUAUGGAUGAGUUUCUGGAAAUAAAUUCUAAGAACCAAAAAACUUUGACUUUCAGCCACAAAUCCCAAAAUCUUUUUAAACCAGUGACUAAGCUAGACAAAUUGAAAGCUGAUGAGGGUGCAGAAAUACGAAUUUUUGACCGCGUGGUGUGUAUAAGGUCAUCAUAUCAGGUUCCUCUUGGCUAUAAGGGAACAGUAGUUAGUAUUUCUAAAUCGCAUAUCGAUACCGAGGUUGUUUACGGUGUAGUAUUCGACAAAGAGUUUCCUAAUGGAAUAUCUUUGGGCGGCAGUCCUAAUCGAGGAUACAAACUUAGUAGAAUGUCUUUCAUUAACUUGUCACAUGCAAUUCGUAAAGGACUUUACAAACCAUUAGUCGUUAAAUCACAAACGAACAAAAAUCAAUAUCCAGAUAUACAGAAAUUGCCAGUGGAAAAUACAUGGGAAAACAUUUGGGAACACUUGCGGUUAAAUCCUGAAAAACCGGAAAAGACACAAAAGAAUAGUGAGAAUAUAAUAAAAUUGGCUCCAUUGGAUUCUUGGCGACAACAACGACCGUGCAAAGAACCAGUACCACAUCCUAACAACAUGACUCAAAAGCAAGCAGUGACUGCGGAACCAAAGAGAAAUGGUCAAUAUUAUUAUAAUAGCAAGUUAAACAAUGGUACUCUAUCGAAUGAAGAGGCAUGUGACUCUACAACAUUAAUUCUAAAGAAAAUGUUAAAAAUUCAACCCGAGGAGAAUGUAAUAAAACAGCCGACUCAAAUAUUAAAUGUAAGAAAAAUGAAUAAAAAUAACCAUUCCAUUGCUACUAGAAAUCCUCAAGCGAAACCAACGAAGGGUGGUUUCAAAAGUGUGGAGUCUAAUGACAAUAUGUCGCACAGAACCGUAAUUGAUAAGGUUUUGCCCGUACAAGGUGUUCAAGAACCUCCUGCUUCAAUGACUAUUGCUUUGGAGAAAUUUUACACUACUAAAGGUUAUGGCAAGCCUAAGUAUAGUAUUACUAAUGUUGGAGAUAAAAAUGUGAAAAUGUAUAAUGCCUCCGUUUUAUUACCAAACGGCAUCACAGUGCCUGGAGAAGUAAAACAUACAUGUGAUGAAGCUAUUGAAGAUGUAGCUUCUCGCGCGUUGAUAAUUGUUCAACAGACAGAGGAGAACAAAAAUAAAUUGAAGCAAAUGAAUCUAAAUAAUCAUCCGCCAAAUGUCACUCAAAAUGUAGUACGACAACAAGGAUUGCACCCACAAGUGCCGCAACAACAAGGUGCUUCCAAUGUAUACAUGAAUUGGAUAUCAUCGUAUCAGCAUCGGGCACCGUACCAACAACCUUUUCCUCAACAACAGUCAGUUCAGUAUUUCGAUAGACCUCCAAUUUCAUUUCAGCAAUUUCAGCCCCAGCAGUAUCCAGCUCAAUACACGUCCGCUUAUCAAAUGCCCAGACAGUCUUUUCCUCCCCCAUGGAUGCAACCCGCCAUGCAACCUGCCAUGCAACCCUCCAUGCAACCGGCCAUGCAACCCACCAUGCAAUCGGCCAUGCAACCCGCUAUGCAGCCGGCCAUGCAACCCGCUAUGCAACCCGCUAUGCAACCGGCUAUGCAACCAGCCAUGCAACCCGCUAUGCAACCCGGUAUGCAACCCGGCAUGCAACCCGGCAUGCAACCCGGCAUGCAACCCGCUAUGCAACCGGCCAUGCAACCUACUUAUAACCAACAGUUUUAUAACUAUCAGCAAGACAUGCAGUAUCCUAAGUCAGUACCUACAGUUUUUACUAAUUUAGUAAAUGCUUCGCAGUUGCCUCAGCCUCCAGUGCACUGGCAAGCACCUCCUAGAAAUGCAGUUCACAAUGAAGUGUCACAGCACCCAUAUCCGUCUCAAGCAUCAUCAAUAAAUCGUCAGAGUUGUACACAGACAACUGCAAAGGAUAUUCCAUUGAACGAUCCUCAUUCACCCAGCAACCGGGUUAUGAUUCCUAGUCCGUCUAGUGCAUUUAAAUCGGCUGGUAGCACUGGUAAACGUAAAAUUAGGGUAGCUGCUAACUUCAAUACUCCUAAACAAAAAUAAAUUUGAGCACCGAUUUUUUUUUUUGAUAAAUUAAGUAAAACUAUUAAAGAUUGGUAUUUACAUCAAAUAGAUCAACUGAAUAGAUCAUUGAACCCAUGUAUUAUAUAACUUACUUUUUUAAUUUUUAUUUAUUAUAACUAUUUGGUUGUUUUUGCCAUACUUUUAAGUAAAUUUAUUUUAGAUUGUAAUUUAUUAUACAGUAAUGAAUGAAACAUAAACAAAAAUAA